AUUAAAGACCAUUCCCGAAUAUGGAUAAUGUGCAAAUUGCCCGCCCGAAUGCGGUUCAAUCCGGCCCACGAAGGUUUCCUUUUCGACGAGUCGACCGUAGCAUUUCUACUACGUUGGGCAAUUCGAUUGAACUCUCUACACUUCCCCUCGUCUUGACCUUAUUUCUUUCUCCAGUGUACUCCCCACGAUCCCUUCCUCCAGCGACAUCAGCUUUGAAGAACACUAUUGGUGAUCUACAGGAGCAAAGCUGACUUUGUUUGGGUUGCUGAGCAGUUCAAUGGGCACUAUUCUGAAUCAUCCUUAUAUCUAGGGAUAGUUGUAAUGUAAAACAGUCAAAAUAAGAAGUUCCUGUAAUUUGUAACUUGCUAUAUUUAUUUGAUCUGUGCUAAGAAGUAUGAUGACCUGAAAUGGAUUGAGGCCUUCCAAAUCUCUUCUUUCCCUCUUGAAUUUAGAAAUUUGUAAAUGUUCAUUGGUUACUAGUUUUAGAAAGAAUUUGGCAUCUUUAACUUGUGUUGUUUGAUUGACUGAUCUUUGAGAAAUUCUCUUACUACUUCAUCAAUGGAGAGCUUAGCGCACCUUGAAGCAUUGUGUGAGAGGCUUUACAAUUCACAGGAUUCUGCUGAGCGAGCUCAUGCAGAGAAUACACUGAAAUGCUUCUCAGUAAAUAGCAGCUAUAUUUCACAAUGUCAGUACAUUCUGGACAAUGCAUCAACUCCUUAUGCAUUGAUGCUAGCUAGUUCAAGCUUGUUGAAGCAAGUGACAGAACAGCGCCUAUCUUUGCAGAUCCGGCUUGAUAUUCGCAACUAUCUCAUAAAUUACCUGGCAACAAGAGGAAUUGACUUGGAGCCUUUUGUAACCGCAUCUUUAAUUCAACUGUUUUGCCGAGUUACGAAGUAUGGAUGGUUUGAGGAUGACAUAUUUAGAGAGGUGGUCAAAGAAUCCACAAGCAUUCUGAAUCAGGCCAGUCCUGAAUUUCCAUCCGCACAGCACCGUAGGGUGGCUUGCUCCUUCAGGGAUCAGUCGCUUCUUCAAGUAUUCCAAAUAUCACUGACAUCAAUGGCCCAACUGAAAAUUGAUGGUAAUACUCCAUCAGUAACCGUUUCUGAGAAUGCGGCUAGCAGCAAACUACAAGAACUGGCUCUUGCUCUGUCCCUAAAAUGUUUGUCAUUCGACUUUAUGGGAACUACGGUUGAUGAAAGUUCGGACGAUUUUAGCACUAUUCAGAUCCCAUCUUCAUGGAAGCAAGUCCUGGAAGAUCAAUCGACGGUGCAGAUCUUUUUUGACUAUUAUGAAAUCAAUAAGCCUAACAUAUCGAAGGAGGCUUUAGAGUGUUUAGUUCGGCUGGCUUCAGUGAGGAGAUCGCUGUUUACAAAUGACACUUCUAGAGUGAAAUACUUGGCACACCUGAUGACAGGAACCAAGGACAUUAUGCAAACUGGGAAAGGUGAACAGGUUCUUUUUGCCUUAAAUGUCUUGCUAAUAAUAGCUUUGCCUCUCUAUAGCCAUAGUAAUCGUAGCAGAUAACGUUAGUUGUACGGGCGUUAUAUUUAUAACUUUGAAGAUCAAGAUUGGCCUCUGGAUUUUUUGUCAUUUCUUUUCCCGUGGUUUUAUUUUAUUUUCUGUUUCAGUUCUUUGGUUAUCUUAAUUAAUUUCUUGUAAGAGUGGCAUUU